GCAGCAGGGAUAGGCUCCACCCCCCCAUGACCCAGAGAGGGACAAGCGGUAGGAAAGGGAUGGAUGCACGUCAGCUUUUCACCAGCAGGUGACGCUGCACACUAACCUGUCUCCUCCUCCUGGCCAGGUGUGCGUGCGCGUGCGCGUGCGCGACCUAGGCGUCAGAUCUUCACUCAGGUCCCGUUCAGCCUCUCAAGGAGUUUUACUACAAAAACAAGAAGAAGAAGAAGAAGAGAAAGUGAGCUGAGUUUGAUUGCGAGUUUUCACGUUCAACUUCGCCCACGCGGACUCAUCCAGCAGGAAGUAGUGGUCGCUGCUCCAAUGGCCGCCAACGUGAGUCGUCCCCAGGGUUGUGGAGUGGGCGUGGCCUCCAUCUACUACAAGUUGUGCGACCUGGACUCGGCGUGGGGUGUGGUCCUGGAGGCGCUGGCGGCGUGCGGCGUGGUGGUGUCCCUGGUCUUCUUCAUGGCGCUGCUGGCCCUCGUGCCGUUCACCCGAGACAAGAACCGCAGGGGGUCGGUGGCGCCGCACGCCGUCUUCCUGGUCUGCACGGCCGGCCUCUUCGGCCUGACCUUCGCCUUCAUCGUGGGCGAGGACUUGGCCACCUGCGUCUCCCGCCGCUUCCUGUUCGGCGUGCUGUUCGCCGGCUGCGCGUCCUGCCUGCUGGCGCAGGGCGCCCGGCUGAGCGUCUUGGCCAGGACCAACAGCGCCCCGCCGGCGUGGACCUGGUGCGUGGGCGCCGUGGCGCUGUGGGCGGUGGAGGUGGUCAUCAACGCCGAGUGGCUGAUCAUCACGGUGGUGCGCCAGGCGGCGGCCCCGCCCUGCGACGUCCCUAAUCCGGACUUCGCCAUGGCGCUGAUCUACGUGAUGCUCCUCCUCCUGGGCGUGGUGGCGGCCAGCGCCAGCGUCAUGGCGGGAAAGUACACGCAGUGGAAGACGGAGGGCGCUCGCAUCCUCGCCAGCGGCCUCCUCUCCGUGGGGAUUUGGGCCGCGUGGGUCGUCAUGUACGUGUACGGGAACUCUGACACUUCCUGGGACACGCCCACGCUCGCCAUCGCCCUGGUGGCCAACGCCUGGGUCUUCCUGGUCCUGGUCACCAUUCCACAGGUGUGCUGCUCGCCCAGCGACGACCCCGACUUGGGAGCCAACUACGGCGUGGACUAUGAGACCAUCCUGAAGGAGAGGAACCCUCACGUCUUGUUCAUGGAGAACAAGACCUUCUCCAUGGACGAGCCGCCCGCAGGGUCCAAGCCGGUGUCCCCCUACAACAACUACAGUGGUCAUGUGAGGAGUGGUGUGUACCAGCCCACCGAACUGGCCCUCAUCACUAACCCGCCUGACACCACCUUCCACUCCACCAUUCCCAGAGUCUCCGCCCACUCUGCGGACAUCAGCACUGGCUCCACCCCCUCGCAGCACGAUGACACGCCCAGCGUUGUUUAUGCAAACGGAAGCAGUGGGCGUGUCCUCCACAGGACGUCUCAGUGGUGAACAAGUCCACUUCCUGCUUCAUCUUCCUUGUCAUCUUUAGCUCCUCCCACUUUGGCUUCUGACAUAUGUAAAUGUGUUUUUAUUCCUCUGCAGCCGGGGUGUCCAAAGGGCAGCCUGCAGGCCAUUUUUUAACACUUUAAAAAAAUAACAGUACCAAAAAAUACAAAAUAAAUGUAAUAAAAGAACAAAGAAGUGAAAUGUAACAAGAAAAUGUUUCAAUAUUCAAACUAAUCAGAGGUGUGUCGGCAGGGCCAGCAAGACCUUCUCUGCUGGUCUAAUAACCACAAAUCAUCAUCAGAUUAAUUAAAGAUAAAAGUAUUUAUAUGUAAUAUUAUUCCUAUUGUCUUCAUGAGCUUCCAGCGCUGCUGUUUUAUAGUUUAUAGACUUUUUAUCCAAUCAGAAUUCAGCUAGCUUCUGUUGCCAUGCUGUACCAAAUCUGCCUUCAGAUUCAACAAUGCUGGUGUCCGUGCACUGUAAGUGAACAAGGACAUACAGUUGAUAGAUAAUUGCAACAGCCAAUCAAAUGAGUUGUUGUCAGUAAGGCCUUCUAGAUGGCCUAAGGCAGAUAUAUAUAGUGAUGUAAUGAGCCAGGUAACGUAAGAACUCCAUUACCCAGCAUGCCACAGUAGUGAAGAGCAGGCACAGUAGGUUGUUGAAUGUAGACAUGGAUGUUUUUGAUGAGCACCUUGUGGAGUAAACUUGAAGAAGUCCGCCAACACGCCUCGUCUGCAUCUUUUAUGAUUAGACAACACGUAUAUUUGCAAGGCCAUUUUCAAGGAUAUUUAAAGACAAACUACAUCUUGUGAGAGCAUGUCGGCUAACUCCGGAAGCUAGCUCAGCUGUCCGUGAAAUGUGAGCUCAGAUAUUUCAUUUCUUUAUUUUUAUCACGUUUAAAAUGUUUUUUUGUCAUUUUAAUUGUGACAGUACCACAUAAGAUAUGUUUUAAUUGCUGAUUUUUAAAUGCGCCAAAAAAUAGCCUGUUUUGUACAAUGGCCAGUAGUGUGUAAAUGUGUUCCUGUGUAGUAUUUCUGCAGCAAUGGUCAUGUAGUGUGUAAAUGUGUUCCUGUGUAGUAUUUCUGCAGCAAUGGUCAUGUGGUGACUUCAAUGAUGGUCAUUUGAGAGGUCAUCAUUGAAGUCGGACAUCACUGAAGGCCUAGGUGGGAAACGCACGGCCCGCCACUGAAACUAACAAGACAAAGAUGGCAAGCAGGUUGUUUUUUCUUUUAAAAAAUAAUAAGGAAUCAAAAUCAGCGUUGUUAUGAAUUGUUGACCUAUUAUUACUUCACAUCAAAUAUUACACUUGAGAAAAUAUUGCAUAUUUUUUAUUUUUGCCAUAUAAUUAAAACUAGAACCAACAUGCCAUGAAACAUAGGGAAAAAAUGUUUAAUAAAACCUUUUAAUUGAUGGUUAUUAGGGAUGUCCGAUAAUGGGUUUUUGCCGAUAUGCCGAUAUUGUCCAACUCUUUAAUUACCGAUACCGAUAUCAACCGAUAUAUACAGUCGUGGAAUUAACACAUUAUUAUGCCUAAUUUGGACAACCAGGUAUGGUGAAGAUAAGGUAAAAAUGAAUCAAAUAAAAUAAGAUAAAUAAAUUAAAAACAUUUUGUUGAAUAAAAAAGAAAGUACAACAAUAUAAAAACAGUUACAUAGAAACUAAUAAUUAAUGAAAAUUAGUAAAAUUAACUGUUAAAGGUUAGUACUAUUAGUGGAGCAGCAGCACGCACAAUCAUGUGUGCUUACGGACUGUAUCCCUGCAGACUGUAUUGAUAUAUAUUGAUAUAUAAUGUAGGAAGCAGAAUAUUAAUAACAGAAAGAAACAACCCUUUUGUGUGAAUGAGUGUGAAUGGGGGAGGGAGGUUUUUUGGCUUGGUGCACUAAUUGUAAGUGUAUCUUGUGUUUUUUAUGUUGAUUUAAUUUUUUUUUUUUUUUUUAAACGAUACUGAUAAUAAAAGAACCGAUACCAAUAAUUUCCGAUAUUACAUUUUAACGCAUUUAUCGACCGAUAUUAUCGGACAUCUCUAAUGGUUAUAUCUGAGGUUGAUCUACAGAUUUAGGCGUUGAAUAUAAAACAAUAAAAAAUAAUGCAUGACUUAUUUUUAACGAUUUUAUGAGUGGGACCCUUUUGGAUCCCGAGAACCUUUAGUGGGAUUUUCUUUUGAAACUUUCAUUGCUGGGGGGAAAAAACAGGAAUCCAAAUCAAUGUUAUGAAUGAUUGUCAUAUUAAGCUGCAAUGACUUCACAUCAAAUGUUACACAUUUUGUGUCUUUGACAAAUAAAUAAAUGGAGGUUUUCUUUGACAAGAUCAAAUGUUUGUCAUCUGAUGUUUAUCUACUGGUGUUUCAGCCUUGAAUGUAAACAUGUUUAACACUUUAACGACUGACACCCUUUUUUGAGGAGAUACAAUAUAAAUAGAAAAUAAAAACUAUGGAAAUGGCCCCCACAUGUCAGGGGGACAUGUUUGGACUCCCCUCUUCUUAUUCCCAGCAAGAUGGUAGACUAGGAGUACUUUGUGGUGGAGCAAAAUAAAAGCGCU